UCUGCAGGCUAAGGGAGAAGAUGGCGGCACUCGGGGAGCCUGUGCGGCUGGAGAGGGAUAUUUGUAGAGCAAUUGAAUUGUUGGAAAAACUACAAAGGAGUGGAGAGGUACCACCACAGAAACUUCAGGCUUUACAAAGAGUCCUUCAAAGUGAGUUCUGCAAUGCUGUGAGAGAGGUAUAUGAACAUGUCUAUGAGACUGUGGACAUCAGUAGCAGUCCUGAAGUGAGAGCUAAUGCAACUGCAAAGGCUACUGUUGCUGCAUUUGCUGCUAGCGAAGGACAUUCUCAUCCUCGAGUUGUUGAGCUACCAAAAACAGAAGAGGGCCUUGGAUUCAAUAUUAUGGGAGGCAAAGAACAAAACUCUCCAAUUUAUAUAUCUCGAAUAAUACCAGGUGGAAUUGCUGAUAGACAUGGGGGUCUGAAACGAGGAGAUCAACUCCUUUCUGUUAAUGGAGUGAGCGUUGAAGGAGAACAUCACGAAAAAGCUGUGGAACUGCUGAAAGCCGCUCAAGGAAAGGUUAAAUUAGUAGUACGAUAUACACCCAAAGUCUUAGAAGAAAUGGAGUCACGCUUUGAAAAAAUGAGAUCAGCAAAACGCAGGCAACAGACCUAACACAGUUCAAAACUUUAUAUUGCAUUUUGCUUUUUAGGUAGAGAAGUUUUACUUGUGACCUACUGAUGGCUACAAAAAACAAAAACCCCCAGAAAUUUCCCGUGAAAUCCUCCUUGCCAUUUUAUAAAUGCCUAUUUUAACAUCAUUUAUGGUUCCAGAGAUGCAUGCCCUUUUUUCUGACAAGAAAAAGUAAAAGGUGAUAAGGGCAAUUCUGUCCUGCUGUUUUUACAGGCCUUUUUCAAAUGCAGAUUUUGUCAUACAGUUGUUACAGAUUUUUUAAAAUGCUUUUUUAAUAUUAAAAUGUACUUUUACAUUCUUAAUCUUUUUUCAGAAGAAAAAAUUUUCUUCAUUUGGCUGCUUAUUUAAAAGUAACAGUUCUCUAAUUCUUUUUGUUUUUGUUUCUUUUUUAACCUGUGAAAUUUCUUUACAGUUUUCCAAGAAAUUAAACAUAGCAGUCUCUCUUACAGCAGUUCAUUACAUUGUCACUGUUAACAUCACUGCUACAUUUUGUACUUUGAACACACACUUAAUAUAUAGAAUCAAUGGUAAAUCAUAACUCAGCACCGUGGGAAUUUUUUACUUUUCUUUAAACAUAAUGUACAACUGAUAUUCAUUUAUACUGAUUUAUAAAAGUUUUUAAACACUGAAACAAUCAUUGCUAAAAUAUGUAUUCUUUCAUAAUAUUUACGCAGUGAAGCAAAAUGAUGUAAUUUGAUCGUUAGCAUUACUGAUUGCAUCUCUUUAUAUUCAACAAUAUACCCUAAAUUGUAAAUGCAAAACAGGUUGAGAUUUCAUCUUUUGCGAAUUUUUUUAAUGCUAUUCAUUUUUAUUUAAAUAUAUUUCUUAUAUUUUGGUCCAUUCCUAGUGAUGAGCCAGUUAGUCUGUGGUAGGAAAUAGCAGAAGCAAAGAUGAAAAAGUAAUACUUUUAACCUCACUAGCCUCAAGAAUUAUACAUUCUUACUAGCUCAAUUUGAAGAAUUGAUUUUAAGUAGGAAGAAGAGAGAAGGAUACAUUUAAAUACAUAGAAAUUAUAAGGUUAUGUAUUCAUAAGAAUCUGCAGACUGUCAAAUGAGUGGGAAUUUAUGUAUAUUAAAAUAGCUGGACUUAGAGAAGCAAUCUUUACAGUUCAAAUAUGAUGGGAAUUUUGAGAGAUACUUUACAUCAUUUGUCCACUGGAUGUCACUGUUUUACUAAAAGGCAGCUAUUAGUGUAUGACUGUCACUGAGGCCUUCUUACAGGCUGAAAUUAGAGAGUUGAGGUUCAUUUUCAGUCACAAAUUAUAAGAACAUUUGUUCUUUUUAAAACAUGUUAAGUGACAGAUGCUAGCAAGAUAAUGUGUUGGAGUAUGUAAGGAAUUUGGCAUAGUUAUUGACCCUGCAUUUAAAAAAGUGGGCAUUUUGUAACAUUCCUUCAGGAAGAAUAGAAAUGUAUAUCUUUUUCUGCAUGUUUGUGAGCACUGUGGGUCUUACAAGUUUAUUCCAGUUUUCAAUGAUUUUUCAGAAUAAAAAUCAAUCAGCAUUGUUAUUUAUCAUUUAGGUAUUGAACACUGGAUUGCAUGGUUGAAUGUAUCUUUAGUCCACUACAAAAUGUGCUUGUUAUUGAUAGGAUCAUGUUGUUAAAUUGUAUAAUUUCAAAAUUAAUUGAUGUGUUUAAAGUGUUGAGACCAAAGUAGUAUAGAAAUAUGGACUUAAUUUAAUUGUAAAAUUAUUAGAGGUAUUUGUUGUAGAGCUUUAUGUAUUAAAAAGAGGUAUUGGUGCAUAUAAAAACAGUAAUGUUGUUAUGCUUGUAUUGCAUUACAGGGUAAGUAAACCCUGAAGAAAUCUUAUUUUAGUACAGCUAUAGCUGCAGUAGCUUUUAAGGAUGUAUCAACAUUUCGUUAUAAAUUAUAGCUUCCUGA